UAUCGGAAGCCAAAGUUUUUUUUGUUUUUUCUGUUUUACUUUCGUGUACUCUUCUCUCUCUCACUUCUUCAUUUCCAAGACAGAAGAAGACGGUGGGCGAUGCUCUUAUCGCCACAACCACCACGGGGAGACACAGAGAUCAAUCACUCUGUCCGAUUACUACCUGAUCCUUUGACAUUGCAAAUUCAUUUUCCGGUACCGGAGAAGAAUCCGGUGAAGGAAGAGUAAGAGCCAAAAAGAGAGAGAAAAGCUAUGGAGAAACAAGGGUUUGAAGGAAACAGCACCCAAUCACCAUGGAUUCCGCAGACACCUAUGAGACAGAUCUACAAAAAGACCAAAGAAAACAGAGAAGAGAGGAGAGGGUUUCCUUCGGUUGCGGUUGUGAACAUGUCGGAGUUGGACCACUUGCCUUCUGGCGAUCUCUUGGCUCUGGCAAAUACUGCUUCCUUUGCGUACCACGGAUCCAUGCCAUGGACUCACCAUGGAAGUCAAGAGGCGGCUAUGUCACAGCUCAUGAAAGAACAUUCUUCAUAUGGACAGCAACAUGCAGGCAACAAGAUUUCCGAGGGAGGAGGCUACUUUAAUUUUUUUCCCAUGGUACGGGAAACGCCAGGAGGAAAUCCAGAGCCGAAGGAAAGAGCUGAUGAAGCAGCCACUGGUUCAAGAGAAUCACAAUGCAUCACCGAAAACUGGGAGCCUGUUUCCGAGUUGUCACUUACUGCUGCUGCUGCUGCUACUACUGCUUCAGUGACUGGCGAGUUGAGUAACAAGAACGAGAACGAGAAUGGAGUCAGUCAGGGCAUUGAACAUAUCAAAACUCCGGAAAAGCCAAAGAGGAGAAAGCACCGGCCAAAGGUUAUUAAAGAAGCUAAACCGAAGAGAGAGCCUAAACAGAAAAAUCCCCGAGCGAGAACUCCGAAACCGGCAGAUGGUCAAGAGAAGCGGACAGCUAAGAGGAAGUAUGUGCGGAAGAAAGGAGUCGAUAAGGGCUCUGAAUCACAACCACUUAAAGCAGCUGAGGCGGAAUCAGCAGAUGCAGAAACUUCCAAUCGUGCGAAGAAAUCAUGCAGACGGGCCUUGGAUUUCGAAGACACGUUUCCGGAACACGGAAAUGAAUCAAAUCUGAAUACAGAUGUGCAGAGUGAAGGCUGUCGCGAUGGAGAAAACCAAUUGAAGACAGCCAGGAGAGAAGCUGUUGCACACAAUAGGCAGGUAGAUGGUUCGCCUUCUGAAAACCAAGUGCCGAACACGCCAUUGCCAAGCAAGAGUAAACCCAAACAAAGGAAAAGGAAUUCCUCCCGAGAAAAGAAGCAAGUAGACAAUGGUACCAAUGUCGGGAAAUUUCAUCAUGGCCCGGCAUUCAUCCCUCACUUCACAGCGCAAUACACCAACUCUGUUUUCAGUAACCCUGUGCACAGGCAAGGAAAAGAAUCAGCAAGCGGAAAUCUAACAGUGAAUUCCACCCGUGAGACAGAUCUAUCUGGAAUUCAGUACGACAACUUACACGACUACCAGAAUAUGUCUUGGUUGUAUUUCCUAAACAUGGAACAGAAAAAGAUCACUCCCGGCGACCAAGGUUCUGCCAUGUCGAGCACAUCAUGUUCUGUAUCAGGGGCACACAAUAUGGUUGGCCAAGUUUCAGCGUCAAACACUAAUUGCUACAGUUUCAACAGAGUCCAUAAUCCUGAGUCAAUUGUAAGCUUUGAUCAGAAAGAAACUUCGACAAAAAAAAGAUCUACUACAAUCAAUCCUCGAUUGACGGGUUUGGCGUCUAUUGAUAAAUUCAUAGAAGAUAAAUCGAGUAAAUUAUCUGGGCAGUUGCCGACAGCGUAUGAUAGCAGAGGACAAAGAAAUACAGAAGCUGUUCCUGAGAUGCAAUUGUCAGUGAACAAAAAGAGGCGAACCAAAAAGCAGAAGUCAGGACAAAUGAACCAGGAAAUCUUUCUCCAAAAUCAUUACCAGUUUUCAUCUUCAGCCACUGGUAUUCCACCAGAUGAACUUUGGAAACAGAAGUUCUCAAUCGAGGCAAUCACCGAGCAACUGCGUAUAGUCGACAUCAACAGGACGGCGAGUGCAUAUGCUUCGUACCAAGAGAAUGCUCUUGCUCCUUACACUAUGAGAAUCCAAGAGAAUAAUGCUCUUGUACUCUAUGGGGGCGAUGGAACAAUUGUCCCUUACAUGAGUUCUCGAACUCUGGCUAGAAAACAACGCCCACGGCCUAGAGUACAGCUAGAUGACGAGACCAAUAGAGUCUGGGAACUUUUGAUGGAAAAUGUCAAUAAUGAUGGCAUUAACGGAACGGAUGACAAAACGACAAAAUGGUGGGAGGAAGAACGGAGAGUAUUUAAAGGACGUGCAGAUUCAUUCAUAGCACGCAUGCAUCUUGUUCAAGGGGAUCGACGAUUCACACCUUGGAAGGGAUCGGUCGUUGAUUCUGUUGUUGGAGUGUUUCUCACUCAAAAUGUCUCCGACCAUCUUUCCAGUUCUGCUUUCAUGUCAAUUGUUGCACGAUUUCCCGCCCAAGCAAGCAACAUAAACCUUGAAGAGGGAACAAGCUUGAUACCUCGGGAACCAGUUAUCUACUUCGACUCUGAAGAAUCUAUGUCAACCCGACCCAUAGGUAAUCAGAACUCAAUUACCGAAGACAAUGUUCAGCAUAAAGAAGAAAAAGAGUCUGUGAACAGUGGUGAAACCUCUAGAAGCAGUAGCGAGAUUGCCAGCUCAACCCAUGAAGCAAUUGGCAAGGUCACAAAUUCCUCAGUGAUCAUUUCAGAAGCAUGCUCUGAUCCAAAUCCAAAAAUCUCAAGCAUGGAAGUUAAUAGGAGAGAUCAGACAUUCCUCAUUGAAGACUGCAUGCCAACCCGAGAUCCGUUGCCGUGUGAAGAUUCUGUAUUCACAUCUCAAAGUACCAUGGUUUCUGUUGCUUCUCAAGAUAUAGACAGAAUGGGAUCAUGUUCAGUGAGCCAAUCAAAAGGAGAAGACUGGGGGAAAAUCUUUAAAAUGAAUGGCCCUAUCUCCUUUAUGGAGCUUUUGCAGUUGGCAGGAACUCCCCGGCCACAAGGCCAAGGAAGUGAUAAUAACCUAACUAGUACUGUCACAAUGGAAAAGCAGAUCCACAUCCAGAAAAAUUCGCAUGGCUACCGAAGUCAAAGUGCUGAGGAUUCAAACUAUCCUAGAAGCUCUGCAGGAUUACCAAAGACAUCUCCUGGGAACAGUAGCUCACAAUUUGUUUCAGGAGAAUCGGAAGUUAAGAGUUGCAAGGCAUCCAAAGGGCAGGUACGAUCUCCUGAUGCAAGUAAUGAACCAAGUUGCGGCUAUCAACAAGACAGGGUUGUUGAAGCUUGCCACCGAUCUGAGAUGCCUGAAAACCCUGGAACCUUUCAUUCCAAAGCUAAUAUACAAAACAAACAAAAAGUGGAGUUUGCCAAUUUGAUUGACACUUCAAGAGCAAUUCCGGACGUUACUGAAAGCAUAAGUUCGCUUGACAACCAAGUAGGUCAACAAAGGGCGCCAGAUAUGGACUUGAACCAGCGAGGUGACUCAUCUGGUACAGAGUUUAAUCUGAAGAAUAAUGCUAACCCAAAAUCAAGAAGACAAAAAGUCUUAAACAAGAAAAAAGAUGAGUUCGAUUGGGAUAGUUUACGAAGAGAAGCUGCAGCUAAGGCAGGGAAAAGAGAAAGAACAUCAAGGACAAUGGAUUCUGUGGACUGGGAAGCAGUAAGAACAACAAAUGUUGAUACGGUUGCCAAUGCAAUCAAGGAACGAGGAAUGAACAAUGUUCUUGCCGGACGUAUUCAGGACUUCCUUACUCGAGUGGUUAGAGACCAUGGGAGUAUUGAUCUUGAAUGGCUGAGAGAUGUUCCACCUGACAAAGCAAAAGAAUAUCUUCUAAGCUUUAGAGGAUUAGGCCUAAAAAGUGUGGAGUGUGUGAGGCUUUUAACGCUACACCAUCUUGCCUUUCCGGUUGACACUAACGUCGGGCGCAUAGCCGUUAGGCUGGGAUGGGUGCCCCUUCAACCACUACCUGAGUCGCUUCAAUUGCAUCUUCUAGAACUGUACCCAAUACUUGAAUCGAUUCAAAAGUACCUUUGGCCACGACUGUGCAAGCUUGACCAAAAAACACUGUAUGAGUUGCACUAUCAGUUAAUAACCUUUGGAAAGGUAUUUUGUACAAAGAGCAGACCUAAUUGCAACGCAUGUCCAAUGAGAGGAGAAUGCAGACAUUUUGCCAGUGCAUUUGCAAGUGCAAGGCUUGCCCUGCCAGGAACAGAGGAAACGAGUAUUGUGAGUGCAAAUGCUAAUAGAGCACCUGAUCAGAACCAACCGGUGGCUGGUGAUCAAGGACCUUUGUUUCUACCCGAGCCAGAACCAACCCAAAGAGACCAAGGGUCAGAAGACACCAGGCAUCCUGAAUCAACAAGCAGGGUUACUUGCUGUGAGCCAAUCAUCGAAGAACCAUCAUCACCAGAACCAGAACCAGAACCAGAACCCGUGCAAGUAUCGCAAAAGGAUAUAGAAGAUGCAUUUUAUAAUGAUACUGAAGAAAUCCCAACACUCAGGCUAAACACAGAUGCAUUCACCAAUAAUUUGAAGGAUAUUAUGCAGCAUGGUAAUAUGUCAAAGGCCUUAGUUGCACUGACCGAACAAGUUGCAUCUAUUCCAAUGCCCAAGCUUAAGAGUGUCAGCCAGCUAAGAACCGAACAUCAUGUUUAUGAACUUCCAGACUCACAUCCUCUCCUAGUAGGGUUGGAAAAAAGAGAGCCUGAUGACCCAUGUUCUUAUCUGCUUGCUAUUUGGACACCAGGUGAGACAGUCGAUUCAAUUCAACCACCAGAAAGCAAAUGCAGUUCCCAUGAUAAUGGUACACUGUGUAACGAGGAGACUUGCUUCUCAUGCAACAGCACGAGGGAAGCAAGAUCACAUAUUGUAAGAGGAACCAUCUUGAUACCGUGUAGAACAGCAAUGAAGGGCAGUUUCCCUCUCAAUGGAACAUAUUUCCAAGUUAAUGAGGUGUUUGCUGAUCAUGAAUCUAGUCAGAACCCAAUUGAUGUUCCAAGGGAUUGGAUAUGGAAUCUAUCAAGAAAGACUGUCUACUUUGGGACCUCUAUACCCUCGAUAUUUAGAGGUUUGACAACAGAACGCAUCCAGCAUUGCUUCUGGAGAGGAUAUGUAUGCGUAAGGGGUUUUGACCGGAAGACACGAGCACCCCGACCUCUAAUCGCUAGACUGCAUUUCCCAGUCAGUAAAAUUGCGGGCAGGGGACGAGAUAACCGGGCUAGCGCAGCUGACGGUAGGUAAAUAGUAAUAUCCAUAAGCUUUUUGUUCUAAUGAUAGCAAACGGAAAACCCAGUGUAAAAUAAACAUGGAAAUGUAGCUAGCUACUGAUGCGAACAUCAUAUUUACCCUAGAUUUUGUUAUAGUUGAAAUUCGAUCUAGGCG